GGGAGACAUGGAAAACAAGCUGGAUUGCGGCUCUCGAGGACCAGGGUGGCCACCCUUGCGCUACAAGAGUCAAAGGAAUACUUUGCAGGAGAAACUGAAAACACAGCACACACAGGAAGAGGCAUGUUCAAAAUUACAAGAGAGAUUGCAGAAGUUUGAAAGCCAACUCUGUGAGGCAGAUUUACUUCUCGAAAAAGAGAAGGCCAAAUACAACAGCGCCUGUCGUCACCAGGAGUCAAUGGAAAGAAAGCAAAAGUCUUUGCUGCAGAGAGUAGACGCUCUCGAUGACGAAUGCGAUGAGCUUCAAAAAAGGCUGGAACAGAGGGAGGAAAGGGAGCUUAACCUCAACAAUCAGCUCCAAAGGAUGUCAGAGGAUAAUGAACAACUGCGAACACAGCUCACUUCACAGCAGGACCAUUGUUCACAACUACAGAGUGAGAGGCAGAUGCUAGAAACACAAAUAGACCAUUUCCAGGGUAGUGUGGCUGAGCUCAAGGAAAGUGUGAAAUCUUUAGAAGAGAAAGAGAGGUUGCUGGUGGCUUUCCCAGAACUCAGCCCCCUGGCUCACGCACAACCAAAGAGUACAGGCAACGUGCUGUUGGAUAUGGAGAAACAGUUGCAGGCGAACUAUAUUCGCAUUGGAGUGCUGGAGAAGGAGAAUGCUACACUUCAUGGCAGUCUUGUAAAGUUGAGGGAGACACAACACAAUCCUGUUAAGAAAAAAUCACCUGUGGAAACGUGUAGCUUCUAUUCAGCCAGCCCUCCGGUGGAACAACUGCGCUCACUGACACAGAAGCAAAGAAGUUCAAUUGGCAGGCAGGCACCGUGUUUGGGAUACAGUGAUAGAGGCAACAAAGUAAUCGGAGUAGAAUGUGGUUGGAUGCCAACUAGUCCAGAAGCUCACAUGCCAACCGUUUCCGGGACCCUCUUAUCGCCCCACAAUAUUUCCCUUCAAACUCUUAACCUCAAUAUCAAUUCCACUGUUGCUAAAACCCAGACACGGAACGCACACAAAACCUCAUACAGGAGUUUUAAACUGAGGAGAAAAUGAAUCAUUGACUUUGGAACACUGUUUGCAUCCAGCUCUUCUGUAAUUUUGGCAACAAUGUUUCAAGAUGGAGUUGAAGCUAUACAUAUCCAAACAACAUCCAAAGCAUGUCCAAUAUAUCCUCCCAUUAG